UCCCACCCCUUCCUUGGUACAGGCACAGAUGAGCUGUGGGAGGCUCUUGUCACAGUCACAGGGACUUUAGCACUCGACUUUAAGCUCCCGACAUGAAGCUUUGGCUGGUGACUGGCACAGAGGCCUAAGUUGGCAUUAUGGAGGAGAAUGCCAAUGUACAGGAGACGGGGGACCAGGAAACCCUCCCACCAGCCCAACCUGUUAAGCAGGAGAUUAAGCGACAUGCCAUCACUGAUGAUUACAAAGUGUCAAAGCAGGUGCUGGGCCUGGGUAUCAAUGGCAAAGUGUUGGAAUGUUACCGCAGGGAUACCGGGCAGAAGUGUGCACUCAAGAUCCUAUAUGAUAGCCCCAAAGCUCGACGAGAGGUGGAGUGUCACAUUAGAGCAUCUGGAGGACCACACAUUGUACAUGUGCUAGAUGUGUAUGAAAACAUACAUCGCUCAAAGAGAUGCUUGCUCAUCGUCAUGGACUGCAUGCAGGGUGGGGAGCUGUUCACUCGCAUCCAGAAGAGAGGCGACCAAGCGUUCACUGAAAGAGAGGCUUCAGAGAUCAUGCGGGACAUAGGAAUGGCCAUACAGCAUCUCCAUGGAAUGAAUAUCGCUCACAGGGAUGUUAAGCCAGAAAAUCUCCUCUACACCAGCAAGGAGAGCAAUGCAGAGCUGAAGAUCACAGAUUUUGGCUUUUCCAAAGAAACAACAGUUCAAAAUGCGCUCCAGACUCCAUGCUAUACGCCGUAUUAUGUGGCCCCUGAAGUGUUGGGCCCAGAAAAGUAUGAUAAAUCAUGCGACAUGUGGUCACUGGGAGUCAUCAUGUAUAUACUUCUCUGUGGGUAUCCUCCUUUCUAUUCUAACACAGGUCAGGCCAUCUCCCCGGGAAUGAAAAAACGGAUCCGCAUGGGACAGUAUGAGUUUCCAGCACCUGAGUGGAAUGAUGUGUCAGAGGAAGCCAAGCAGAUGAUCCAACACUUGCUGAAGACUGACCCAUCUGAGAGGAUGUCUAUUACCCAGUUCAUGAACCAUCCAUGGAUAAAUCAAUAUAUGGUGGUGCCUCAGACUCCUCUGCACACAGCUCGAGUUCUGCAGGAGGACAAAGAGCACUGGAAUGAGGUUAAGGAAGAGAUGACGAGUGCUUUGGCCACAAUGAGAGUAGAUUAUGACCAGGUAAAAAUCAAAGAUCUCAGCUCCUCCACCAAUAAACUCCUCAACAAACGACGCAAAAAACAAACUGAUGGAAACCCAAACGCUACCAGCUGUAACAACCAAUAAGACUGUUCCAGAAAUAGCAUCUGCAAGACUGCUGGACCUAUGGCAACUGGGCCUUUAUGUCAUGUGAUUACAGAACAACUGCAUCUCCUGGACUUUGUUUAUCAUUUUAAUCACUUUCAUGUAUUGUAGAACAUUCUGUAAGUGGAAACUUAACCCUGUGUACAUAAUAUACAUAUUUGUGUAACA